CUUACAGUGCAAAAGGAAUUGACAGAUACAGAGCUACGGCAAGAGAUCAUGGCCCGAAGAGAUGCAGAGUUCCGAUUAAAAGUGGCGGAAGAUUCUCUUUCACGAUUGGACAGCGCUCUUCAGCAGAGUCGGGAUUCACGCCCUCCAUGCCUUUCACCAAAUAAGGUCUCAAAGCAGAAUGAAUUGGACAGCACCAUAAACCAAAGUGUUUCAACUCUGAAAAAAUUUUUUGAGGAGAUAGCUGAGGAAGCUAAGAUUGAUCAAGAUAAGCCGAUUAUUAUGAAAAAUGCACUUCAUGCCCGGAAGUCAUUCAUACGCAAAACCAAAAGUUUCAAAUAUCGCAAGGAACGCAGUAUGAGUAUGCUGUCCAGUAGGCAAAGUUUCACUCUUGGUAGAUGUAACACCUUCAGCCUGAGUUCAUCCACUGAACGUAUUAACAAUGGGUGCAAGCAAGCGAAUACCCUUCCUCCAGGAACAAUGGGCUUUGGUGACUAUGUAUGGGAUGAGGAAGAUGGCCUAGGAAAGCCACCUGUCUUUAACAGUAGCAUGUUCUUCAUGCAUAAGACAGUUGCGAAGCCUGACCAUAGUAGUGUCCAUGAAGCUGAUGUAGACUCGGCUAGUAAGGAAGGUGGACAAGAACAAGAUACAACGCCAAGUAGCAUUAAGGAAGCAGAGGUCAAUGAGAAGAACAUAAUUGAAAAAGAAGUAACAGAGCUAUACACAUCGAUUGAUAAGUGGAGAGUAAAGAACGCGGCUGAGAAUAAAGAGCAAAAACCUGUUGUAAAAGAGAAACCAGAUAAGCCUGCUGCACGACCAACCCCAGCACCCCGUUCGUCCCCACCACAGGCAAGACCGCGUCUUAUGCUGAGCCCGCCUCCCAAAGGCAGGAAGAUCAACCCUGCGCAGCGUAAAAUUCCAACAUUGAUUACCAACAAUUAUAGCAGCUCGUCUUCGGAAGAUGAAAGCUCAAGUUUGGACAAUGAACGUGAUAGUUCUGGGUCUGAUUCGACUGCAACAGAUGGUACAUUGUCUGGCAAUGAACUUACUUUUCCAUCAUCUCCGACAUUUAGUCCAAAACCAUUCUCUCCUACUACUAAUACGACCAGAUCUGUUAGUCCUCUCAGUCCACUAAAGCGUAAUCGCAGGCUCAUUGGGGCGGCAGCGGGGUGGAAAAAGCAGGAUACAUCACAGCCAAGAGUUGGAACCACAUCAACUGCUGAAUUUAUGGAAAAAUAUGCAAAGAUUUUUAAAAAUCCAAAGAAAAAUGUUGAAGAGCAGGAAAAAAAUACAGUAUGCUAUGAUACUGCACUUUAAGUAUAUCAACAAUUUAUCUGUUUGUGUUGAUAUUUUGUGUAUGAUUUAAUGUUCUCUUAAUUGAGGUUUGUUAGGACUAUAGUCUCUUCAGAUUUUAUAAUGAAAUUUGCAUUCUUUUAUUCUGUAAUUAUAAUGGUCACUUGUGUCAUGGGUUUAAUGUUUUUAAUGCUAUAAAUGUAAAAUUAUGCUAUGAAUGUAUUGUUUGUAUCAUCACAUCAUACUGUAUUGGUAAACAGCAUGAUCAAUUUUAAACUGUCAGCUUAUAGUACAGUAAUUUUUUCAAUAACUCCAAAUUUGUAAAUAACUUCUUAAUAUGCAAAUUAUUAAAAAUAAAGUAUACUUCAUAUUAAUAUAUAUUUUAAUUAUAAGCAGAAAAGACAUAUUGCAUUGUGUACAAGAUUCUGUACAAAAGAUUAUAUAUUUUGCUUGUUGUUCAUAUAUAUAUCAAAUGGGCAGGAACCUAUAUGAAUUGUGAAUUUCAGAAGUAUGACUUCUAAAGCUGUUAUAUUCUCAGCUCUUAUAAUAAUGAUGUUAUAAUCACUGUAAUUACAAUGUUUAUUUAUUCUACCAAUAACAUUUCAUCAUAGGAACUGUGUGCUCUAUACGGUAAGUCAUCAUCAUGUCACUCUAAAGCAUUGUUUACACCAUCAAGUGACAGCAUAAUGCCCAUAUAUGGAAAACUAGUGCUGUAAAGCAUUUCUGGAUAGCAUUAUGAAAAGUCAUGACUACCAUAGAUAGUCGGUAUCGUAUGUCUCUAUUUUACCCAUGAUGCACUGCACCGUUUGAGAUUGGCCAAGCAACAGACCUAUAUCUUACAGAAUCAGCUGUUUUCGGUUUGGCCUACACAUAAAGCCUAAAGAAAUGGUUCAUAAUAUAAUAGUUGUCCAUAGGGGUGUUGGAUUUGUCAGAGGGGAAUAACCUAGUAUAGUUAGUGCCAGGGGGAACAAACCAACUCUGACACUACACAGGCUUCUUUUCUCUCUUUUGACAUGACUAACUUUAUGACUAAGUUUUCAGUUAUUAUGAAUGUUGUUUGCCAUACAAGGACAUUUUCACGCUAAUUUCGUCCCUGGGGCAAUAUUUACUUUAUGAAUUCAAAUCUUUUAUAAACAUUUCCGAAGUAUUAGUGACUAAUGUCACCCAGAGAAUUUUGGAUCAGGAAAGAAAAAUGCUACAAUUUGGUUUUGGGUGGGUGUGUCUAACCUUAUUAAUUUCUGUUAAUGAUGCAUAUACUUUGUGUUCACUUUGCAAAAAUAAAUUUAAAGGCAUAUGGUUUUCUGUUGAUCUAAUAUGCAAGAAAACUUACAUGAAUCACUUAAUACGGUACUGUAAAAGUACUUAUUAUUAGAUCAAGAAUAUAUUUCUUAUUAGAAAACAGGAUGAAUACUAUUCAUAUAUUCUUUGCAUAAAUCCUUCAAUUAGCUGACAAUUAAUUUAAGGAUUUAUGUUUUAAAUAAUUCUGUAAGUUAGCAAAAACAUUAUUAGUAUUAAUCCAUCUUUCAUUGGAAGUUAUUAAUUUAUUUAAUAUUUUGAAAUAUGCAAUUCACUUUUGAGAAUGUUUUAUGUUCUCAAAAUCUAUUAACAUUUGCUGAUCAUAUGCAUGUUAAACAAAAGUAAACAUAGCUCAUAUACCAUAUAUAAACACAGAAAGAAAUGGAAAUGUUGUUAAGCUGUAUAUACAUAUGUAUAAAUAUUCUAGAAGGCCAGGCCUGGUUCCUGGCUUGGUAAUGUUUUGACAUUAUCGAAGAACGUCUUUCAUUUGUAUAGAAUAAAUAAUGAAUGAUUUUUUUUGUAUAUAUAUUAUACUGAAAUGCAAUUAUACAAUUAAAAAAAAUGGUACUGGAAGUUUAUAAA